CUCAGCGAAACAAGAAACCUGCAAAAGGCCCAAAGGACUUGCUCACGUCCCAGCAUAGCAACAGGGUUGCUAUGGCCAUUUGAGGGUUACGAUCGGCCUCUUCGUGAUCUACACUUGGUUUUCGCAGCUCUUUAUUCCAGAAUACACAUCAACAUGGACGCAUCGGUCGUAUCUGCCGCACAAAUGCCCGACUACGGCGAUGAUAUGGCCGUUGAUAACGAAUCCGACGAUGGGAACACGCAUAUUGUGACGCCGGGAGAAGUUGUCACUCGGGACACGGCAUUCAUGCGAGGACACGGCACAUAUACGGAGGAUGACGCUUUGGUGGCUUCUAUGGCAGGUGUGGUCGACAGAGUCAAUAAGCUGAUAUCCGUUCGACCACUGCGAACGAGAUAUAAUGGAGAAAUUGGUGAUGUGGUAGUAGGAAGAAUAACGGAGGUAGGACCGAGACGGUGGAAAGUAGAUAUCAACGCGCGACAAGAUGCAGUUUUGUUAUUGUCGUCGGUCAACUUACCGGGAGGUGUACAGCGACGGAAAACAGAAUCAGAUGAAUUACAAAUGCGAUCUUUCUUUGGCGAAGGCGAUAUGUUGAGUGCGGAAGUUCAGGCCUUUUUUCAAGACGGUGCGGCGUCACUUCACACGCGAAGUAUCAAAUAUGGAAAGCUCCGUAACGGCUCACUGGUCAUUGUUCCGUCCGCGCUGGUGAAACGGACGAAAUCACAUUUCGCUACUCUCCCAUGUGGCGUGGACGUAAUAUUGGGCUUGAAUGGAUACAUAUGGGUGGCAAAACACGUUGCGAUUUCUCCAGAGAUUGUGAAUCAGCCAGAUGCACUAUAUCAUAAUGAAAAUGAGCCAAUAUCGGAUGCAGAACGUCAAACGAUAGCCCGAGUCUGCAGUAGCAUUGUUGCCUUGAGUCGACACAACAAUUUCAUCAAUGAUACCAUGAUUGUAUAUACAUUUGAGGCAAGCAUGGGACAUCCAGUGAAGGACAUGCUAAAGCCGGACAUAUGUCAGCAAAUAGUGCUGGCAGCGAGGGCACAAUUCCGCGAAGCAUCGCUUCAAUAAAGUCGCCUUCCUCAGUCAGUUUGAGUCCUUUUUAUCAAUGUGAAGUGCGGGUUAAGAUCAAUCAGUCAUAAG